UUCUGCUGGAUGCUAUAUAAAGGCUGGUCACUCUACAGGUCUAGUACCAACAGACAACACAAACAGUUGCCUCAACUCUCUAGCUUCAAGCUCAACUACACAGAACUACCAUGGCCAUUAUUGCUCUACUUGGUUUUAUGCUUCUACUGGUUGCUCCAUCGUUCCAGCAACCGGGCAACUGCUACGACCGUUGUCUGUCGGCCUACCAAAGAAAUCCCAACGGCUACUUUGUAGCUGGGUGUAACUGUAACCAAUACGACUUCAUCAACGGUGGACAAAUUGGUGGCGGACACAAUGGAGGCAUCAGAGGUAACUGUGGCUACCUGGCCCCCAACUGCCGUGCCAACCCAGGUGAAUACAACGCCGUGUACAGGUACACAUACGACACCCAACUCAAGACCUGCGUCAAAGUCUUCGUCUACAACUCCUGUGCCUCGUCUUACGGCGUCGCUAGCAACGUCUUCCUGACCCAGUUGGAGUGUUCCCAGGCUUGCGAGUACAACAACAGAAAGUAUUAAAGGAUCGUCAUAAUCCCAACACUCUGAUACAAAGUCUUAGAUCAACAUAGGAAGUUUUAAAAGAUCGUCAUAAUCCCAACACUCUGAUACAAAGUCUUAGAUCAACAUAGGAAGUUUUAAAAGAUUGUCACAAAGACAACUCUAUAAUAACAAAUUUUAAGGUUCUAUUUUUUUUUUUGUAAAGUUCAAGUGAAAAGAAAAAAAUGUAGUUAAAAUAAAACAAUCCUAAUUUUUUUUUCUCUUAACAGAAAACAAACAAAUGGAAUAGCUAAAUCUAAAAACUCGUUGAUUACCUCUGUUAACAAAAAUGUAGCACUUCAUUGUGCUUUUUGAUUAUGCAUCACAAUUCUUUAUGUAAAUCUAGUCCCUACCACCUAGAUGUAGUUUCUUUGUUUUGAAAGCUGAUUAUUUAUUUUUAUUUGCUCAUUGUGUAUGUAACAAAUAUCUUUACAAGAAUGAGGAAAAAAUGUGUUGAUGAGAGUGUCUUACUAAAUCUGUAUUUGCUCAAUUUCUAUUUCUGCGUAUUCUUUAAAGUUAUGGUUUAAUAAAAGAAAGAAACAAGA